AUGGAGGUGGAGGAGGAGGGAAAACGAUCUCCAAACUAUCGUGGGGAUCCGUGUGUUUCCAAGAGCUUCUUUGAUCGCGUAACUCAAGGGUUACGCGACGAUCUCGAACAUGAGCGGGACAGGCGUCUUCAAAUGGCGGACACUGUCUCGAAGCAUCGAGCUGAGUUUGCCUUUGCUCAGCUUGAGAACGAAAGAGCUCUGACAUCUCUUCGUGACGAGCUAAGGGUAGCUCGUGGGAUUGUUGAUCGGUCUCGGGAUGAGAUAACUGCUCUUCAGACCCUUGUCGAUGCCCACCAUCGGGAGCACAAGGCUCUCUGCGAGAUGCUUGAGCGCAAGGGCGUUCUUCAUCGGAAGAAGCAGCGUACUGAUGGUACGGCUUAA